CGGCGAGGACUGACUCUGCGUCAAAUCCGAUCAGCGUGGUACGGAUACAGGAUCGAACGUAGUGUAGUAGGAUAUUGUGCUGUGUCUCUUAUGGGAUUAGACUUUAUCGAGGCUGGACGCUACGGAGUGACACUAUCAGUGGAAUACAUUGCAUAGUGACAGUGACAGUUGCACGUGUGGACAGUGUCGCCGACUUGUACAUUUCAGCACUUGGGAGUACCUGCAGGACUUCCCAGUGACAGUUUGGUUGAGAGUGUGAACGGCCUUGGUGAGCAAUGUCUGACCACUGAGUGGCCAGUGUCCAAGCAGAGCUGACUUCAUCACGACAGCAUCAAAUGCUGACACCUGCCUUAACGAGUAAAAGUUACCUGGAGUAUUACUCUUCAUCGACAGUAACUGCUAAGAAUUCACUUUGAAAGAUCCCUGUACAUGAAGCUAUAACGUUAACAACACUGCAAGUUCUGACCAUCCAUCCAAGAUGUCGAACACUAUCAUCCGAGGAGUUCUUCUGUUGACCAGCUUUCAACUUACACUCUGCAUUACCCUCACUUACACCAUAGAUGAACAACAACCAGCUGGAAGUUUCCUGGGGAACAUCGCCGACGACGCAAACCUCCGAGACUACGUUAGUGAGGAGGAGUUUCAUCGACUCCGAUACAGCUUCUUGACCCAAGGCAAUCCACACACCUCGAACUUCUCCAUCGACAGCACAUCUGGAGACUUUACAACAGCUCGAGAACUUGAUAGAGAGACUUUAUGCAAUUUCCUCAACACUUGUAAACUCUCCUUCGAAGCUGUUGCUCAAUCAAAUCUUGGCUCCUUCUUCAAGAAGAUCCAGCUGGAAAUUAACGUGAAGGACAUUAAUGACAAUGCACCUGAGUUUACAAUGUCAACUUAUGUUCUGCAGAUUUCUGAAGGAGCCAAUUCUGGUUCCAACUUCCCAUUGGUCAGCGCAGUGGACAGAGAUACAGGUAUUAAUAACUCUGUGAAGAGCUAUGAUCUUCAACCAAAGGACACACCUUUUAUUCUCAUCACUACUGCUGGAGUAACAGGAAUCAUGUCUAUUUCAUUGGAGCUUGUACAGAAACUUGACAGGGAAACAACAGGUUUUUACGAACUCUUUGUGUUUGCUCGUGAUGGUGGAUCUCCUCAGAGAACUGGAACCCUUACCCUUCACAUCAACGUCGCAGAUGUAAAUGACAACCCACCUGUGUUUGACAAUGUAAAAUACACCUUGAACAUUUCUGAGACAACUGCAGCUGGCAGUGUCAUCAUUCGUCUGUUAGCCUCUGACAAAGAUCUUGGAAACAAUGCCAACAUCAGUUACCACUUCAUGCCUCGACAACCUGAGAGUGUCCUCAACCUCUUCAAGCUUGAUCACGUCACUGGAGAACUUCGAACAGCAGGAUCCUUGGAAUAUGAAGCAGGAAAGAUGCACCAGGUUAUUGUGGAAGCUCAUGACCAUGGAGUUCCAUCCAAGACUGCCCAAGCUGUAGUAAUCAUCACUAUUAUUGACACUCACAAUGAUGCUCCAGAGAUGUACAUCAAUGUGUUUCAUGACAGUGGCAUUGCAGAGAUAUCUGAAUUUUCUGAAAUUGGUCGUGUUGUUGCACAUAUUGCUGUGGAAGAUCCAGACUCAGGUUCUAAUGGAAAUGUUCAGUGCUCUAUGCCAAACUCCUCCUUUGAGCUCCGUGGCCUUGACAAGAAUGAGUUCAAAGUCAUCCUUGUGAAUGCUCUUGAUCGUGAAACUGUGCCCUUUCACAAUGUGUCUGUUAUCUGCCAUGAUGGAGGCUCCCCUGCCCUCUCCGUCCAGGAAAACUUCCUAGUAAGAGUAAUUGAUGAAAAUGACAAUGCACCUGAAUUUCCAGAAGAUGUUUACUAUGCAAAUAUUGUUGAGAACAAGAAAAUUGGAACUUCUAUCAUGACAUUCACUGCUACAGAUGCCGAUAAUGGUACAAAUGCUGAACUCAUUUACAAAGUUCAGGAUGAUCAUGGCCACAGGUUCAACAUCUUCAGGAAUGGAACUCUGGUGACAGCGAUGGAGUUUGACCGAGAAGAAUACCCUGAAGUGGUAGCCAAGAUUCUAGCUGUUGACCAAGGCAACCCUGCCAUGACUGCUACCACCACAGUGAUCAUCACCAUUGAUGAUGUCAAUGAUCAAGCCCCAGUCUUUGACAUGAAUAAAUUCCAACUCUCUGUGCCUGAAGAAUCAAAAAGUUACACCAGCGUUGGGCAGAUCACUGCAUCAGACUCUGAUUUGGAUGAAAAUGCAAUCAUCAUGUACCAGCUCCAUAGUUCUACAAGAAGCAACUUUCCCUUCAUCGUCUAUGCUGAUGGUGUAAUCAAGACAAACCGUAUCCUGGACAGGGAGACGAGAGAUCAUUAUGAAUUUGUUGUGGUUGCAACUGACCUUGGGCAACCACCACUGAGCAGUACAGCCAGAGUAGUGGUGACCUUGGAUGACAUCAAUGACCACACCCCAGUCAUCAUCUUCCCAACCCAGGCUAACAACACCGUGACGAUGCCACACACCCAGCGAAUUGAGUCCCCUGUCAUUGAAAUUACUGCUGUUGAUAUGGAUGUGGAACGUAAUGCUGAAGUUUCCUACUUCAUUGAAGGUGGCAAUGGGAGUGCUGUGUUUAUCAUUGACCACAAAACGGGCAUUGUUCGCCUGAGGAAACAACUUGAGUCCAAACAUAUCACCACUGUGUACAGCCUGAUGGUGGUUGCUCAGGACCAUGGCUCUCCCCAGAGGUCCACUCAGUCGGAGCUCUUCAUCGAGGUUAUUUUAGGAAAUGCAACUUUAACCACCUCCAACCAAGGCUCCAUCAACAUCAUCACUGCCAUGGUUCUGGUUGGUGUCACCAUCCUUCUUGCAGUCAUCGUCGUGGCAACCAUUUGCCUUCUCCGAAGCUCAGAUAAGAAGAAGAGGCUGUAUCGUGCUAAGGCAGAGGAAGAAAAGGUCAUCUCAAGCAUGAGGAGACAGGGAAGUAGUAUCUCCUCCUCAUCAAAAAACUCCACAACUCCUCUAGCUGAGAAGGAUGGAGAGAAGAAGGAGAAGGAGGUCAGCUUCUCACUGGAUGAAGAAAACAAUGUUUCCCUGUCAUCUGGAUCUGUUGGGUUCAACGCUCGCAACAACGAAUGCCUCUUCACUAUCCCAGAAGACACAGAGAAUGAUAACAAGAAACAUCACUUGUCAAAACAGCAGAAGUUUUCCACUUUCAAGGAUGACAGUGAGAAGAACCAUACACAUAUCCGUUUCCAUGACGACAGUGGCAGCGAUCUGUCUGGUGAUGUCAGUAUCAGUGACAGUGGGAGAGGAGGCAGCGACAUUGAAUUACAGAGUCACGGAGGAUCCUCGAAUGUUUUGGAAUCAGAUAUGUCUUUUUCUGGCCAUCCUCGUCAUCCAAAGAAUCUUGUUGACCACCAAUCAGCUUCACCAGCAGCAAGUUUCUCCACAUUCUAUGGAAGUGAUGCACAAGGCACAAGCUACGACAAUUCCUCACUGUCCGGUUCUGUUCAGUCCAAACAGAUUCCUGAUAAUCAUCUUCACAAUGGUGCUGUCCCCUACCGGGCAAGGACAAAUAACUCUGCACCUGCUACCCAAAGACUCUCGAUACCUCCGAGAAUGAAAAACAAUUCCCAUACAAAUCAUGGUGUACCUCCCCGAGGUAAUUAUAGUGCUUCUUAUGGACAGCUAUCUCAGAAUGGAGGAAGACACAAAGGACCACAGGAUUCUGGGGCAUAUGUGCAUUUAAAACAUCCCAUGAUUGAAGGAGAGUAUAUGGACAUGAAUGGACAUAAGAUGUCACGCAUGCAUCAUGUUGAUGACUCUGUGAGUGAAAUGAACACUUCCGCAUGGGAUAAUGACACGACAACCUCCGGCAGCUAUACUGUCGAUCCAGAAGAACUUUGUGAUGAAAUUGAUCGAUUGUUUUUCAAACAAAACAUCAACAAGGAUAUUAUUGUGUGAAACAUGGGAGCAGUACUUUUCGACAUGCAGCGUGAGAAAUGUGUCUUUGCUUGAGAUAUGUUCGUUUUCAUUUUAUUUGAAAUACGUUGUCUCAGCCUUGUGAGAACUUUCUUGCACUUGACAUUUUUGCGGCAUAUCAGUAUUCGGACAUCCUUUCCAGUAUUGAAAGUCUGUGUUCCCAUUGUGGUGUUUGCCAUACACGUGUGUGAUAGAGACAUGCAUGAACGUGACAUGCGGCAGCUUCAUGUCAAUGUUAAGACUUGUUAUUGUUGUUAUGUUGAAGUGUUAAAUGAACUGAUUUCAAAGACAUGAGCUUUCUCGAACAUUUUAUGGAACACAGAGAUCAAAUCUCACGAAGACUUCAUAGAGAAUUUGUCAUGCUUUAUGAUUAAAUCAACGCAAAAUUAUGUCAAAUUAUGCAAAAAUGGUGCUACUUAUGUGUGAUGUCUGUACGUCAAUCAAAACUUCCAGCAUGAAAUAGACAUUGAUUUUAUGUCAAUCAAAACAUUUUUAGUCUGAAGGAUAAAAAAACAAUUUUUGGUUCUUAGGCAACUUUUGAGCAAAAUGUAUUUUUAUGCUUUUCUUAAAAAAAGGAAUAAAAUAUCUUCAAAUGCGCUAUUUUUAUGUGCUUGAAAACUAAGAAUUUUUUAGCCUUAUAGUGUUUGUCUGUUUCAUGUCAAGUUUUGUGUUAAAUUCAUUCCAAAACAUAAAACAACAGUACAAAUUCAUGAUGAACAUCUAGUCAUUUUCAAAGCUUUACUGUCAAGAUUCCGAUUGAUUAUCAACAUAAUUCCAUUCCACUUUCCUAUGAAACUUGUCCAUUAUGAUAAAAGUAGAACAAAAUAGACAAAAAUAAAGAAAUCUAUUCUAAAUAAGACACAUUUCAUGACUAUCCUGACAUGAAUCAUUUGCCUGUUUAUUUGCCAGUCCCAUAUCCAUGUUUCAUUGCUGUCAUAUUCUUGUCAAUGUCACUCAGUGUCUGAUGUUCAUUUCAUGUUAUUCCUCUGACCCAGGAAAUGUUUGCCCUUUGAUAGACAUAUUAGACUAUGUGUCAUAGACAUGAUCGAGUCAUAAUUAAGUGCCUCAGGUAAAUGGUUAGAAGAAUAGCAAUGGGCAGUCUGUCACAAAAGAAAUUGUCGUUUAAAAUGAAUGCUUAAGUAAAAUACACCAUUCGGCAUAUGCCUCUUGUUAUAAGUGUCUGAAUUUGACACAAAGAAGGUCUCGUCAAAUCACAUGAUAUUAAAAGAAAAUUUCAAGUUAUUUUAUAUGAAUUGUUUUAUCCUAACUCUCAAUGUGUUUUUCAUAUUUUUGUUAAACUUAAAGUUGGCUUAUUAUUAUAAUGACAAAUCUAACUCCGAAUCUGCUGUUUGCUCUGUUCUUAUGGUAUAUAAUUAUUAGAAGUAUGCGCUUUUUAUACAACGAUCAGAUGAAUGUUUUCUGAAAUGGACACCUUUGACUUGAAAAACAUGUUGACGUCUUUGACUUGUUUGUCAGGCCACAUUGUUAGUUGCUAUGUGUAUUGUGUUUGAUUACAUUGCAAAAAUGUAUGUUUUGUACAUUGUGUAAAUAUAUAUUUUUUACUAUUUUCCAAAUAAAUGCUAAAUUAUUAUAAACA